AUGAAAUUGUUAUCUAAACGUCGAAGGGAUAAGCUUGAACUUCCAAGUACAGAUAGCGAUUUUGAUGUGCCAGAAUUGGAUUUAAAAAACGUCAGGUCCUUAACAUUUAUUUAUCAACAACGGUUAUUGGUUUUGUUUCAUAUUUAUGGAUUACACUUAAGAAACAAAACAAAAACUUAUUUAUCGCCGAUAAACUGCCAUGCGUUUAAUGUGAUUUACAUCACGAACUUUAAACCAUUAGCAAGUUUGAAAUGA